AUGACAGCAAACAAACAUUUUCAAGUGUACCUCACUGGCUGCUUCGCAGCGAUCGGUGGCCUUCUUUUCGGCUAUGAUACAGGUGUAAUAUCCGGCGUUCUAACCAUGUCAGAUUUUCUUCUGGCAUUUGGCGGUACAGCAAGUGUGGCACGCGGUUCAUUGACAAGUACGGUAUCGGGUUCGAUUGUGGGUAUUAUGCUCGUCGGUUGUUUUCUCGGUGCACUUAUUGCAGGUCCAUCGGGUGACCGUAUUUCACGGAAAUAUUCCAUUGUACUGUUUUCGGUGGUUUUCGUCAUUAGCGCUCUUUUACAAACAGCAUCUACCAAUCUGUUUAUACUACUUCUCUCACGUCUUGUUGCUGGUAUAUCAGUCGGAGCGUUGUCGAUGCUUGUGCCUGUUUAUCAGUCUGAAAUUGCCACAAAGAAAAUUCGCGGACGACUUGUUUCAUUGCAACAGUGGGCUAUUACAAUUGGUAUCGCCGUUAGUUUUUGGAUCAAUUACGGUACGGAUAUCUACUAUUUAGGUAGUAGCGCUGCAUGGCGGAUUCCUCUAGCUUUACAAAUCGUACCUGCAUUGAUUCUUGCUGUUGGUAUUCUAUUUUUUCCUUUUUCGCCACGUUGGUUAAUGGCGCAGGGUCGUGAUGAUGAAGCUUUGCUUGUCUUAACGAAGAUCCGUUCUACAACAGCUGUCAACGUUCUUGAUGAAUAUAAUGAUAUUAAAAAUGAAAUUAAUCUCGAACGUGAAGAGUCUGUCCAAUCGUAUUCUCAAUUUCUCUAUCCACCACUCCGACGACGUUUAUGCCUUGGUGUCAGUAUUCAAGUUUUACAACAAUUAACCGGAAUUAAUUCGAUCAUGUAUUACGCACCUGAAAUCUUCAAACAAGCUGGUUUAAAUGAUCAACGUGCAUCGUUGCUUGCGACUGGAAUCAAUGGCGUCGUGAUAGUUCUUGCUACUAUACCUGCAAUACUCUACAUUGAUAAAUUAGGUCGACGUUUUGUACUGAUUAGCGGUGCAUGUCUGAUGGCUUUGUCCAUGUUAAUCAUCGGUGGAACGAUGGGUACUCACGGUUCGACGCAUUACAAUGAAACAACAGGUGCUGUCCAAGUGAUUAUUCCAAAUCGAACUGCAUCAUUCGUCAUUAUUGUCUUUGUUUAUGUCUUUGUCGCAUCAUUCGCAUAUAGUUGGGGACCGACGGCCUGGGUUUACUGCACGGAAAUCUUUCCAUUAAGUAUGCGCUCAAAAGGUACAUCGCUAACUACAGCCGCUAACUGGGUAACAAAUUGCAUAGUCUCAUUUCUCGUGCCAGCUAUGCUCGAGAGUUUAACUUAUCGUACUUACUUAAUUUUUGGCUUUUUAUGUGUCGCGAUGGGUAUUAUAAUCUAUUUGUUCUAUCCGGAAACAAAGGGAAAGAGUUUAGAGGAUAUGGAUUUAGUGUUCGGUCGGUCGAUAUUGGUAAAUAAUUCAUCGAGAACGAAGAAACGAAUGAAAUCAAUGAACGGAAAGACUUCUUCACACAGUCAAUCGAAUCAAAUUUAUUAUUUUUGA